CGCUCACCCUCUCCGCCACGGCCUCGACGCGACCACCACCCUCAUCAACACUACAUUUCUGUCGCGUCUCCCAUCGAAACCUCUAUCCUGCAACAAUUCCCCAGAGAUUUUAUACCGGACUAUUCUCCGUGUAAAGCCCAAACGGGCAACAUGGCGCCCUCGCGCACUCGCAAUAUUGAUUCGGACGGUCCGUCUACCGCCGACGUUUCUACUAAUGAGGACGUAGAAAUGCAGGAGCAGAACGCAUCUACCAAUGGUUUCAGCAAGUUCACGUACUACCAGGACACCCCAGACUACACGGACUCAGACACAAACCCCAACACAACAGCAAGCAGCGUAGCUGGAGAUGCAGCGCCAACGGAUGGCCGAAAGCGGCGGUCGGAGGUUUUCAACAUGCGCAAGAGCAUAUACGGAAAGAAACAUGACCGUCUCGGCGCGUCAAAGGAAGAUGACACAAUUCGACGAUUUCGAUACCUGUUAGGCCUCACGGACCUCUUCCGGCAUUUCAUCGACACGAACCCAAACCCGCGAAUCAAGGAUGUUCUUGCUGAAAUCGACCGCCAGAAUGCCGAGGAUGAAGCGAAGGCGAAAAACAGCAAGACGCGAAAAGGAGGUGCAGCCGCAGAGCGACGUCGCAAAACGGAGCAGGAAGAAGAUGCUGAGCUGGUUCGGGAGGAGAAGCGAGGUGGCCACAAUGAGACUGUGUUCCGGGAGUCUCCAGGCUACAUCAAAAACGGCACGAUGCGAGACUACCAGGUCGCUGGUCUCAACUGGCUCAUCUCCCUCCACGAGAAUGGUAUUUCUGGUAUAUUGGCCGACGAGAUGGGUCUGGGAAAGACGCUGCAAACUAUCUCCUUCAUCGGCUAUCUCCGCUUCAUUGGAGGAAUCACGGGCCCCCAUCUGGUCGCCGUGCCGAAAUCAACUUUGGACAACUGGAAGCGCGAAUUUGGCAAGUGGAUUCCUGAAGUGAAUGUUUUGGUGCUACAAGGGGCCAAGGAUGAGCGCGCGGAGCUGAUUGCCGACCGACUUGUCGAUGAGAAAUUCGAUGUGUGCAUCACGAGUUACGAGAUGAUUCUUCGCGAGAAGUCCCACCUGAAGAAGUUUGCCUGGGAGUACAUUAUCAUUGACGAGGCGCACCGUAUCAAGAAUGAGGAAUCGUCACUUGCUCAGAUCAUUCGGCUGUUCAACUCCCGAAACCGUCUGCUUAUCACCGGUACUCCACUGCAGAAUAACCUGCACGAGCUUUGGGCGCUUCUCAACUUCCUUCUUCCCGACGUCUUCGGCGACGCUGCGGCUUUCGACGAAUGGUUUUCCAGUCAAGGCGAGGAUUCAGAUACUGUCGUCAAACAGCUGCACAAAGUCCUCCGACCAUUCUUGCUCCGUCGUGUGAAGAGCGAUGUCGAGAAGUCGCUAUUACCGAAAAAAGAAGUUAACUUGUACAUUGGCAUGGCCGACAUGCAGGUCAAAUGGUACAAGAAGAUCCUCGAGAAGGAUAUCGAUGCCGUCAACGGUGCUGCAGGCAAGAAGGAGUCCAAGACCCGUCUUCUCAACAUCGUCAUGCAGCUUCGAAAAUGCUGCAACCACCCUUACCUCUUCGAAGGAGCUGAACCCGGUCCACCUUAUACCACCGAUGAGCAUUUGGUCAACAACGCCGCCAAAAUGGUUAUGCUUGAUAAGCUUCUGAAGCGCAUGAAAGCCCAAGGUAGCAGGGUUCUUAUCUUUUCGCAGAUGAGUCGUGUGCUUGAUAUUCUGGAGGAUUAUUCCGUCAUGCGCGGCUACCAGUACUCCCGUAUCGACGGUUCAACUGCCCAUGAAGAUCGUAUUGCUGCAAUUGACGAGUACAAUAAGGAAGGUUCCGAGAAGUUUCUCUUCCUUCUUACGACUCGUGCUGGUGGUCUGGGUAUCAAUCUGACCAGCGCCGACAUCGUUGUUCUUUUCGAUAGCGACUGGAACCCUCAGGCUGAUUUGCAAGCCAUGGACCGAGCCCAUCGUAUCGGUCAAACAAAGCAAGUGGUCGUGUUCCGAUUCGUUACCGAGAAUGCCAUUGAGGAGAAAGUCCUGGAGCGUGCAGCACAGAAACUGCGUCUUGAUCAGCUAGUCAUUCAGCAGGGUCGCGCACAGCAACCUGUAAAGAAUGCAGCAUCAAAGGAUGAGCUUCUCACUAUGAUUCAACAUGGUGCUGAAAAAGUUUUCCAGAGCCAAGGCGCACUUGGUCUCGCUUCCGGAGCGGGAGAACUCUCUGAGGAUGACAUCGACGCCAUUCUACGACGCGGUGAGGAGCGAACUGCAGAGCUGAACGCAAAGUACGAGAAACUUGGCUUGGACGAUCUGCAGAAGUUCACCUCGGAUUCUGCGUAUGAGUGGAAUGGGGAGACUUUCCAGCCUAGGAAGAAAGAUAUCGGCAUCAGUUGGAUUAACCCUUCGAAACGUGAGCGGAAGGAGAUUGGAUACUCCAUGGAUAAAUAUUACCGUCAAGCAUUGAUGACAGGAGGUAGGACGGAGAGCAAGCAACCUCGAAUCCCGCGUGCGCCCAAGCAAGUUAUCAUCCACGACUACCAGUUUUUCCCAGAGAAGCUGGGGGAGCUACAAGAUAAAGAGACUGCUUGGUAUCGAAAGGAGAAUAAUAUUAAAGCACCCCUACCGGACGGCCCCGAAGAAGACCUGGAGAUGCGACAGGCUGACCAGGAGCUGGCGCAACAGGAGAUUGACAAUGCAACCCCUUUGACUGACGAAGAGAAGGAAGAGAAGGAGCGGUUGAUCGCGAAGGGCUUCCCUGAGUGGAACAAGCGAGACUUCCAACAGUUUCUCAAUGGGUCGGCCAAGUACGGGCGCCAGAAUUAUGAUGGCAUCUCUGAGGAAGUCGACGGCAAAGAAGCCGACGAAAUCGAGGCCUACGCGAAGGUCUUCUGGAAGAAAUACAAGACGCUCGAUAAUUGGCAAAAGUAUAUCAACGUUGUCGAAGAAGGGGAAGCAAAGGUUCGCCAUAGCGAGGAGAAGAAGCGCCUGCUUAGGAAGAAGAUUAGCAUGUACCGGAUGCCACUGCAACAGUUGGUCAUCAAAUACACCGUGUCGACGACGAACAAGAAAAUCUACACGGAGGAGGAGGACCGAUUCUUGCUAGUUAUGCUUGAUAAGCACGGCGUGGAAGGCGAUGCUAUCUAUGAGAAGAUCCGUGACGAGAUUCGCGAGUCACCUCUCUUCCGCUUCGACUGGUUCUUCCUUAGUCGAACACCUCAGGAAAUUGGUCGCCGAUGCAACACGCUCAUUCAGACUGUGGUUAGGGAGCUUGGGGAUGGCGAUGGCAAGAAUGGUGUCAAAGGCAAGCGUGCACUUGAGGAGGAAGAGACCGAAGAAGAGGAAGAGGAGCUUCCUGUGAAGAAGAAAGCUAAAAAUGGGGUCAAGAACAAACAACUGGAUACGGUCAAGGGCAAGGGCGGUUCAACAUCUGCCACGACGUCACGAGCUACCAGCGUCGUUUCCAAUGGCUCUGCGCCAUCCAAGGCAAAGGGCAAGGGCAAGAAAAAGUAAACAUGCUUCGUCGCUACAUGUUGCUGAUUGACUUGGUAGUGCGGUAUUCACUCUGACACGUUCUGAGUUAGCAUGGGUUCGUGGUGUUUGGGCGUGUUAUGGUAAGAUGGAUAGGUGUAGGCUGGGAAUGUCUUACCCUUUCCGAUUGUGGGAUUUAGUUCGGCGGGCACGCAUGAGCCUGGACGAGGCUUCUACAGUUUUUCCCAAGGGGUGUAGGCAUGCUGGUGGUUUUCUUCAUGUCAAGAGUCUUAGGUGUAGGUUUUCUGUCUUAGCGAUCAUAUGAUAAC